AUGUCUCCUGAACCUCACAAAGCAUCUGAAGAGCCGCGAACACGUUCCCGAGUGCAACCAGGAACCCAGCGGAAACCGCCUGGUCGAAAAGCUAGCAAGCGUGCUGUUAAACGGCUACACUCGACCUGUGACGACGAAAACGAGCUUGAUGAUUCUGGCUUUGUCACACACUCUUCACAAAAUGAAGACCAAGUUCAUUCCAGUCGGGACGAAAACAUCGAAAGAGUCAUACACGAAGACGGCAGUACCAGUAACUAUUUUGACAAACGGAAGCUGAAAAUCGCACCGCGGUCCACUUUGCAAUUCAAAGUAGGACCAACGUUUACUAAGGGUAACUCAUACUGUAAAGUCAUAUGCACUGAAGGCAGUAAACCUGUGAAUUUUGCUCUAACUCCGCGCAUCGAUCGUGGUUUUGACCUCAUUGAAAAUGAUUGGAUUGGCUAUAAACGCAAUUAUUUUACUCUCGUUACCUCUUUCGAAAUCAACGGGAUCCGAGAUGAAAAUUUCCUGCACAAUUCCUAUCAAGUGGCAGGUCGUUGGGGUACGGACAGGGUACUAGACGCCAAGUAUUUUGCAGUUCGCCUCGUUGCAAUUUGUACAGAAGAUCAAUCCUCGGUUAGUCUAGUGCAACACACUGCAAAGCGCGACAAAGGCCCUCAAUUUGAGCCUCCAGUUUUACCUCUCGUACCAGCACCACUUCCAACACAUCAAAUUAUAAGAGAAGCCUCCAAUGUCAGGAAUGAAACCAAAAUGAAGAAAUAUGAUCAUUUAUUUUACUUCAACCGCAGUUCAGAUUCACAGGAUCAAUCAACAAGCAGCGUAGUAUCAACAUACCCACAUAAUCGCAUCAAGAAAGUGGCUCGUUACGAGAGAGUUCAGUUUUCCUCCUCUAUCAACGCAAAGAAACAAACCAAUCAGAUCAAGCACUUCCAACUUAGAGUGGUCCUGGGCUGUGUCGUUGAUGGAAAGCAUAUAAACUCUGGGUUCUGUAGUACAUAUGGAGGGCUGGAUUGUCUAGUGGAUAACGAUACCAGCACAUUCGUGCCGAUCACGGAUAUGGUAACACCACCUUUGGUGAUUCGUGGAAGGUCACCAUCAAAUUACUGUGUCACUAACAACACAAGUUUUGUUAGCGAUAAGGCUCGCACUAAUUUGAACGCAAAGUUUCCCAAGCUCAAAAAUGUUGUAGCGGAGUCAUUGCAUGAAUUAUCCUUGAUACCGUGUCGAACCACGUUUAAGGUAUCGGAGUUUCAAGAAACAAGUGAAAAACGCGCACCGACGCUCCGUGACAUUACCAACAGACGUGAUAUCAUAGGAAGGGCCGGUUCCUUCAAGGAUCUUAAGCCUCUUCCUCAGCUCCCACUGCGUUCUUACAUCAAAGCAAGCAUGCAAACUAUGUCGUGCAUUGAAGCCGUUAUGCUUAAAACUUCGCCAGAGUACCUUAACAAUGAAAAGAUUCGGAAGGAACUGAGCAAGCUCUCUAAAAGCAUAACAAAUGACAACAAUGAGCAGCCCAUCGUUGGGAUGAAAGACAUUGAGUUGAAUCCAUUGAUAAGGUUGUCAUCGUCACAUUAUGACGGUUCGGGAUUUAGGAACGAGCAUUUCGAUCUAGGUAUGAGCCCCGUAAGCACCACUUUUUCCCCACCUCGCAGCGUCACUGUGAACUCAAAUUUCAAGAAAUUGCGACGCCUUGAGAACAAAGCGUUUUAUGCUAGCAACUCGUUUACUGAGAAAGCUUUGGCCACAUCCCAUGGUGACAGUACUGACUCGUCAUUUGCUGAUCACACUUUCCAUACCGACAAUCGCAUUCCGUUUAGAGACAUACGAGGAACUUUUCCUAAGCCGCGGUCUAUGGGUCGUGUUAAUCCAAUGGAUAUAUCCUUCUGUCUAAACGUGAGCAGCAAUCAAAGUAACAAAAUAUCCUUCAGGCCCACGUCCAGGAAAUGCAUGGUGUCGAGACAAGAAUUAAAAUCUAGUGCUAAACCGUCAGAUGUGUUCGGAUCAAGUGAAUUGUUUGAUGAGCCUAGCUUCUACCGUCACUAG